AUGCUCGAAUACGGCGAGGCGCAUUUUCAGUCACUUCUUGUUAACCUGCAGGACUCCUGGAUCGAUUUACCAGUGUUUCAUGCUAAGAGUAAUAUCAAUGUCUCAAAAUUCCCAUUUGACUUUUCGGGCGCAGAUAUUCAGCGUAUUAAGCAGGAUUGUGAUGGUGUGCAAGCGGGAACCGAUGCCGUUGCGGUGGUCAAAGAGGGGAUGGGCGAUUUUAUGGCCGGCUCAAGGCUUCAUUGA